AUGUCUACCGGCGAUAAUGAUACACUGAACACGUCAUUGCGAUCGUCGUGUGACAGAUGCCGCUCCCAGAAGCUGCGAUGCGUCCCUUCCUCCGACCUUUCUGCCUCUUGUCAACGUUGCCUUAGGGGUAAGGAGCCUAAAUUCUGCACGUUCAGUCGACGGCUCCAAACAGGCAAACCUCCUGGGUCGGGGAGACGAUCGGAUCCCCGCCAGGACCCACGAAGAGAAAACCGACUAUCAGCAAAGUCCUUACCUGGAAUGAACACUUUCACACUUUCAAACUCAUCAUUGCCGGAACCGUCAUCUGUCAAGGAGAGUUGCCUAGCAACAACACCGACCAACGAAAAUCCCCAGAGUGUCGAUUCAGAGGCCUGUUUAGACAGCCUCUGGAGUGACGAAUACAAUACUUUUAUAGAUCCGGCGCUGCAACCCCAUAUAAAUACGUUCUCGCAUGUGCACGAACCCUCUAGUCACAUGGAGGAGUCUGAUAUAUUCGAGUCGAAAGAGACAAUGGGCAUGCAGGGAGACCCGAGCUUUCAAUCAGACCUCACCGAGUUUCUUCAUGUCCAGCAAAUGCUCGCUUUUCCGCCCUAUACUUCAUCGCUUCAGUCAGGACUAGAACUUGAUGCAAAUCUGAUCAUGGAUAUGGGAGUUCUAGAAGAGGAAACACCCGGUCUUCUGGUCGAUCUUUCCAGUCUGGUGGGGAAAUUGUCACACUACGAAAGGGAACUAGCAAAACUGGCCGGCAGCACGCUAGACAACUACCCCAUAGGCGACGCGUUGUACUUUUCACAGCGCUUUCAAUCCCUCCUGAUCAAUCAUGGCCGUGCCCACACGUUCGAUCAUAUAUCCGAUAUUGACAUGCCAACACGACUAAUGUCUCUGUCCUGCUAUAUCUUACUCAAGCGUAUCUAUUUGGCGAUCUUCAAAUAUCUCUAUACACACUUGUCACAAAUCCCAACCGGCCUCUCAACGUGGGGCUUGGGUCUCUCCUCCUAUUCGAUGGAGAACAAAAUGGACGCAUACCGGGGUUUACGACUGGGCCAGCUGCAAUCCAUAUCGGUUGGGUGGGAACCAGCAAUGCGCAUCAGGAAGGCUAUGGCCAUGCUGCUUGAUUCGCUGGGGAAUACCGAGAAAGCGCUCGGACUACCUGCAACUGGUAGGAAUGCUUGGCAUACGGAAGUAUGCCAAGAAAACACUGAUACGCCGGCGACAGAAAGUAUUCCUCUCUUUGAGGAAGGGGGAGUGUUGGCACCAGUGCUGAAUGGGAGGUUACAGAAGAAGCUAAGGGAGCAUGAACGAAAUCUGCGCGCUAAGGUGGAAGACGUGAAUAGCCUCUUGGAUGGGCUACUGGCAUCUAGCAGAUAG